GGAUAUAAUAGAUUUGGUUUGAUUGUACAGUAUAUACAUGUACGUGGAGUUUUAUUGCUACUAGGCCUAUACGGGCAUACCCGAGAGCAAGUUCCGUUUUGGAAAGCACAUUUUGCACUAGUGUGUUUAAAGGAUCGCCUUCUGAAGUGCAUGGUAUUCAUCUUCGUUACUUGCUGCUCUUCUUGCUCCUAAAAGAAAAAAUGGCAGAAGGCGGGAAAAACCUCGGACAGUUGUUGCCGCUCAAGCUUGUGCUGACAAUCUAUGCCUUUCUGAGCGGGCUUGUGUUCGGCGCAAUAUUCACCGCCUCUCUGCAAGCGCUGCGGUUUCUUGUCUCCAACGAGCUUGGUUACGGGGAGGGAGACGACAAGAUGGCGUCGAUGGGGCACAACAGCCCGUGCUCGGCCCUAAACGAUACCUACGCAAACAACGCCUCAGCCGCUGCCAACGUGGAAGUCCAAGAACGGACAGCUCUGCUGGCGACUGUCACAUCCAUCGUGGGAAACAUACCGAGCGCGGCGGUGACCAUUCUCGCAUCCGCACGAAUGGACUCGGACAGCGCCAAUGAGAAAAGCAUUCAGCUUCUACCGUGUGUCGGUGUUACCCUCCAUAUGGCAAUCUACAUCAUAAUCAUGCAGUUCACUCUAUCGCCCUGGUUUGCACUAAUACCAAUUUUCAUCUUGGGUAUAAGUGGGAGUUUUUUCCUCCAAUUUGCAACGAUGCUAAAAUACCUGGGGAAAAUUACAGAUGAACAAGACCGCUCGUCCAACUUGUUGCUUUUGGCAAUGUUCAACUUCGGUGCACAAGGGAUCGCACAAAUUGGCAUCGGCUAUCUGAUAGAGGGCGCUGGCUUCACGAUGACUUUCACCAUCUUGUUCCUGAUAUGCGCACUGACAACUGUCUUUGUAUUCUUAUUCCUGCCCAAUACUGAGUCAAAUGCAUCACCAACGGAUGGCACUGACAAUGACGUAGGCACGACGUCACGCCUGCCGUCGCUGUGCACACACACGCUGGCCGUCUUCAAAGAUCCGGACACGGGUAAAUGGAACAGCGGCCUUAUCGUCAGCGCCCUCGCUAUGUUCCUCUACUCCCAGAUCUCCUUCUACUUCCUGGCCAUACUGCAGAUCGUAGCGUUGGGGGAGCCCUUUUGUUGGUCCCCCAGUUUGAUUGGAUACUUUUCUGCAGCAAAACUAAUCGGUGUUGCAAUUGGUAUGACACUAGGUACUAAGAUUCUACGGACUUGGUUCGAUGACAAUGGUUUGAUACAGAUCGGUUUCAUAUCCAUGGUGAUCAGCACAGUCAUCCCAAUCUAUGCAAGGACCGAUGCGGGACUUUUCCUAGUGGUUGUUUUUGGUGCAUUCCGUAUGAUACCUGGCCCGAUUCUAACCGCUAACGUAUCCAAAAUGGUGAAGAAAAACAGCAUGGGGAGCGUGUUCGGAGUGACAAUGGCUAUAGAAUGUUUGGCAUCCCUUAUGGGUCCUACGGUGUUCGGCACUGUCUACGAAGCUACUGUUGAAGAUAACCCUCACCUGGUUUUUAGGCUUAUGGCUGGCAUGACCGCAAUACCAUCUGCCCUAAUAUUAUGUUUGCAAUGCUGGGAAUGCACGUCGGGAGCUGCUAAUUACCGAGAAGGUGGCGAUGAUACGCUACUUCCAAGCUCCUCCUCAAAUAAGUGAUAGGCACAGAUCCUAUAGGAUCUUUAGUGAUGGGUCUUAAGAAUAUAUACGCAUGAAACAGUAGAGGGCGCUGUGACCAAUCAGGGACAUUUUUCAACGAAUGAGGGCGCUGUCGCGACGCCGUUCAAUUUUUUUCAUCGAUGAAUAUUUUGCAGAUAUAUAUACACUUUAACUAAUUAUAAAAUUGAACAUUCUUUAGGUUUUAGAUUGGAGUCGGCUAAAUUGCUUCACAUAAAAGUAAUAUUUGUUCUGUUUGUAGACCCUCAUUCGCUGAAAACAAUGGCAUAUAUUAUUCAGUGUACGUGCGCGGGAACUGCGUGCGCUUUGAGUGUUAUCUGAUUGGAACAUCUACGCCAGUAUCUUCGCAAGAUUGACGCAGUUUUAUUACUUUAAUUUGAUGGAUAGUUAAUAUCAGAAUCAGGUACAAAUAACUGAAAAGUUUGAUGUUAUGAAAUUAAUGAUCACCAGUUUGAACACGGGAUGUUAUUGAAUUCCUCAGGGAUGUAGACGUACAGCUUGAUAAUCUUAAUUCAAAAUUGUAUCAGACAAUGAAUAUAUCAUAUUGCAGACAGAUGAGGGCGCUGGUCUGACACUUUUACUUGGAAGAAAACGAUAUGAAUGAUUUAAAUGGCCAUUAAGAACUUGUAGGUUUUCUUUGAGUGUCCGUUGAAAAUGGUGAAUCGGGCAAAGUUUGACGGCCCGAUCUGUCAAAGUUGUUUAUUAGUAUUGCGUAAAAAUUAUACCAUAAUUUUUUGUGUAAAAGGUCUUAACUGUUACAUGCCAAUGUUAAGCAAUCACUCAAAAGUUGCUGCCUGUAAUAUUUCAUUGGUUCAAAGUUAUGUGAGUUUGUUAUAAUAAAAAGAAUAUACUGUUAACAUUAUAUAAUGGCGCUCAAAUUAGUGAUUUAUAUCACUCACUAGUGAUUUAAAAUCUAAAUUUGGUUUAAAGUGAAAGGAAAAUUUAAGUUAAAAUCACGCUUUUGCUUCCAGCUGGUUAGUAUCUUAAUCUCUAGUUCUACUCCAAGGAACAAUUCGAACAUCCGAUGGUCGACUGCAUGGUUGUCAUGCAACGGCCACCGUUAACCUGUUAACAAAAAAAAACACUUUUUUAUCAUGUACUAUUCUGGUAGAGUGCGCUUUUCUUAUAUUCAGAUGUGCAAAUAUUAACUCUUUUUUUUUCAAGUAUUGUAUUCUGAUAUUUGUAUGUAUGAUGGUAAAUGUUUUAGUAAAUUUGUAAAUCUGAUUUUUUGUUUUUAAUUUGUACCAUUGUGACAAUUUAGCCUCUGGCUACAAACACAAUGAUUAAUAAACCAGAAUAAUAAUAAUAAAAAAAGACAUAAUAUGGCGCGUGCUUGCGCCCUAUACUGAUAUGCGAGUCGAUCAGUCAGUGUGCGAGAACUAUUAUAUGCGGGUCCUCUGGAACCAGUACAAACAAAAGACAAAUUCUUUAAAACUGCUAAGUCGCUUUUUUUUAAGCGUUUGCUCCAUUUUAUUUAUGCAGAUGACAGUAAAUAUUUAAAAUAAUUAUCAAGAUUUUCUUUACCCGGGAUAGCCCCAACAGUCCUGAAUCCUCCAAUUUCAAUAUGAUUUUGCACACCCCCUAUGGAGUUAGGGUUAAGAAUUUGGGGAUUACAAACAAAAUAUAUGUGAUGUUUCAAGUCUUACUCCAAAAUGUCGACCAGAAAUUGGCAUGCACCCGAGAAAAACUUAUAAUCACUUGAACCAACCUCUAUUAUGGACAGAAUCAUUUAUGGCGCUUUUAGUCAGGCAGGUUGGUGCAUAUGAUAUAAUUGCUUAAAGCACAAUAAAUAUAUUCAAGUUAAUAUUAAAAGAGUCCAGUUCAGAGUGUGCCUAAUAUAUUUAUCUAUAAGCUUUCAGUCCUGGACUUUGUGGUCGCAUUUUUACUGACAAUUUAUUCAUUGUGUGCAAUUUAACUGUUUUAGCUUAACACUGUUUUAAUUUUUUACAUAUUUUUAAUUAUCCAUUUUGUAAAUGACUUUUCGGUGUGGGCUAAAUGAAAUACAAUAAAAGGAAUAAAAUACCAUUAAUUCUUCAACUUGCUCUUUAAAAUCAGGACUUUUAUAAACAGAAAUGUUUCACUAAAUCCAAUCAUUUUUGCAACUGACUGAAUAGCAAAAAGAUUUGCCACAAUGUUGACGUCAUUAUAUACUGCAAUUAACUAAUAUAAAUCAUGUUGUUUAAUUUCUAAGCCAUUAAAGAACCAUACACUUUAAAUAAUAUAAUUUUUUAUUAUUAAUUUCUAUCAACACCUCGUUUCAUAUUCCCAUAUCUUUAGAUUACUAAAAGAAUGAAUUUUUUUUUUUAGUAAGAUAACUCAUAAAAUGUAAGAGUCAAAUAAUACUCGGACUUUUUCGUUAGAUCAGAUUUCUUAAGAUCUAAAAUAUUGUGU